AUGCCAGUUCCUUUCGAAGCGAUUAUACCUUUAGGUAUAAUAAUGGGAAUGUUUGGAGUUACUGGUACAUUAAUAAAUUUAUCUAGAAGAUAUCAACAUGAUUGGAAGCCGGAAAGAUUUCAAUUAGAUCGUUGGGAUAAAUUGAUGAUGGAGCGUGAUAGAAGAUUAACUGGAAGCCUUUAUGGACAAACUUCAAAUCCAACAGCUCCACCUUCAUUUUCUACAAAUAGUGUUUGGUAUUUGAGCACAGGUGGUAAUGAUGUAGAAGUUCAUAGAACAACCAAGACAACACCUAAUUUGUUAAAAGAACAAUUAAUUCAAACAUUUUAUCCUGAGCAUCAAACUCAUGAGUUAUUGUUAUCUCACAGCUUACAACAACAGGUCAGUGAAAGUAAUGAAGAUUUAGAUGCUUUGAUAAUCCGAGGUUCAGGUGGUGAUACUAAUGUUAAAAAAAUCAGAAUUGUUUCAAUUUGUGGGAAAUGGUAUUUACCGGAUUAUCUUUUUGUUGCUGUUGAGAAGAAUGAGUUAGUUUUUAAAAUUGUCGCAUGUUCAAGUUAUCAAAAUUUAGUUGUAGGGUUACGUAAUGCAAUGGAUAAUAAUGUUGGAGGGGAUGUGGUUAAUAAUAAAGGGUAA